AUGGCCACAAUAACGACGACAUCCUCGCCCGACACCUUCCUUCUGGACGCGGCUUCUUCGGCGCUGGUCAAUAUCUCGUGUUUCGACCUCCUGCUGAUCGAGCUCGUCCCGCUGGCUGAGCGCAUGGCUCGAUCGUUCGAAGCGUCGCUCGAUAAACCUGCGCCGGCGCCGUCAUCUGCGGCGUCUACCACCUCCGCUCCUACUACCGGGGCGCAGACGACGUCGACGAAACCUCCUUCCUCUGCGUCUGCUGCGCCUCUUCCUCCUACGACGACUACUACCACUUCAACUUCUACCUCUACAUCCACCACCACCGCUACGAAUGGAACAGCUACACCACUAGGGACGUCGAUGGGCGGGGCCUUGACUCUCGCCGCAGAUGGAUUGCCAGAAACAGAUAUCUUCAGGGACAGUGUGUACGUGCGCCUGGAAAGAUUGGGGUUCCGGGUCGGCGAGGGUCUGAGCGAGCGGUUCUCGCGUGACCGGCCGCGCUUCACGGAUCAGUUGGACGUGAUCAAGUUCUUGUGCAAGGAUCUGUGGACGGUGGUGUUCAAAAAGCAAAUCGAUAAUCUCAAGACAAAUCAUCGGGGUGUCUUCGUUCUUACAGAUAGCAGAUUCAGGCCGUUUUCGAGGAUGAGCAUGGCUAAUCCUGCCGAGGCUGUAGCAAGGGCGCAGCCACAUCUCUAUUUUCCGUGCGGGAUCAUUCGAGGUGUCCUGUCGAGCUUGGGCAUCAAAGCAACUGUCCAGGCAGAAACGACCGAGCUGCCCGCUGCCACGUUUCAAAUCAAGACGCACUCGGCCAAGUGA